AUGGAAGAAGACAUAGCUGAGGAAAAUCAGAAGUGGAAUCCAGCAAUUGUCCUGUAUGUAGUUGGAAAUACCCCAACUAUUGGGACUAUUGAACGAUUCAUAGUUGGACAGUGGAGUAAAAUCAGAAAACCAAAGGUACUAUUCCAUAAUGAUGGCUACUUCAUAAUUCUGAUGAACAGUUAUGAAGAUAGGGAUGACGUGUUAAUGAAUGGACCGUAUACUAUGAACAGCAGACCAGCUAUACUUCGACCAUGGAUUGAGGGAUUUGAUUUCAAUGAGAAAGUGCUGAAAACCAUUCCUCUAUGGGUAAAAUUUCCAAAGCUUCCAUUGAACUACUGGAGCAACCAAGCUCUAAGCAAAAUUGGGAGUGGUCUGGGUAAGCCCCUGUAUGAUGAUGCAUGCACCACAGUGGCUGACAUGAUUUCAUAUGCUAGGGUAUUAAUCGAAAUAGACAUCACUAGGGUAUUACCAGGAUCAAUCAAACUAUUUGAUCCCAAAGGAAAGGUGAUAGAGCAGAUUGGUCACUCAUGUCAAGACCAGCAGAAACAGAAUCAGGAAGGUGGUCAACAAAGGCCUCGCGUACAGAAUCAAAAGCAAUAA